UAUACUUUGGUUAGCCUGACCAGAGUUACGCUGGAAGCAGAACCAAACUAGCACACUUGAAGCACACGAAGAUGAAGCAAUAUGAUCUAAUUUCAGCUGUUCGGGCUUGGGGCUCUUGAUUCUUCUGGGGUCGCGUUACCAAACGUAACUUUUUGGUUUUAAUCGUUGCUUGCCUUGGAGUGGAAAGUUCCCAACCGAAACCGCCCCUCCUACUACUAAGAUCUAUCAUAGCGAACAUGUACAAAUUUACAAGAGACAACUAAGAGUCCUUCACACUCUUCAGGAUCCUGCGCGAGCUGAAAAAUGACCACCGGCGUGGAGAGACUAUUCGACCAACUUGGACACUUUAAAAGGUUUCAGGCAUGUCUUUACUUUGCUGCUAUUUUCCAGGCCAUCUCUUGUGGAAUACAUUACCUGGCCUCAGUUUUCUUAGUUGAAACGCCUAAAUUUCUUUGCGAUGCUCCUUCUAAUAUCACAGACGUUUUAUAUAGGAAUCACUCAUCAACAUCACUGGCAGAUAUAUGGACUCACUACAAGCCAGGCGAUGGACCAGUGGUUGUACGGACAGCUGGAGGAGACCAGUGGGAACUUAGUCCUUGUUUAAAAGCUCUGAGGCUCAAUGCCAUCAAUUUUCAAUACGAGUUUUUUGGGAACAAGACUGUGGAGUCAUGUGGUGGCUUUGUCUAUGAUCACAGCGAGGUUGAGCAGAGCAUCGUAACAGACUGGGACCUGGUGUGUGAGAAGGAAUGGCUGGCCAAGCUUACACAGCCAACUUUUAUGCUGGGAGUUUUAAUUGGAGCUUUGGUGUUCGGGGACGUCGCAGACAGAAUUGGCAGGCGUCCCAUUUUGAUGUCUACCAGCGUGUGCCAGUUUAUUUUUGGGGUCACUGUUGCAUUCACAGGGAACUACUACCUCUUUGUGUUGAUGCGUUUCCUUCUUGCAAUGGUGUCAAGUGGGUAUCUGGUUGUAGUCUUUGUGUAUGUAACAGAGUUUACAGGAAUUAAGGUGCGCACAUGGACUUCUAUGCAUGUGCACGCAGCCUUUGCUGUGGGAAUCAUGGUAGUAGCUCUAGUGGGGUACCUUGUUCGUGUCUGGUGGAUCUACCAGAUCAUCCUCACCCUCAGUACCUCUCCGUUCUUGCUCUACUGCUGGAAGUUUCCAGAAACACCCUUCUACCUAAUGGCUAAAGGCCGGUACAAGGAGGCCCAGGAGCUGCUGGACACUAUAGCUAUCUUCAAUGGCCUGCCACCAACCCUUAAGGUGUCAGAGCUAAAGGAUGAAUGUGAUGGCACACCGUUUAAUGACAGUAAGCUGGAAGACGGAAAAGAAAUGGAAGUCGAGAAGAGGCUAAGCAUUCUGGACAUGUUUGGAAGCUUAAAAAUGGCCGGUCGCAGCGCCACCUGCUGGGCUAUAUGGUUUAUCGGAAGCUUGGGAUACUAUGUCUUCAGCCUGGGGUCUGUCAACCUUGGAGGAAACCAGUAUAUCAAUCUCUUCCUGGCUGGUGCGGUUGAGGUUCCGUCAUACUUGAUUGGCUGCAUUGCAAUGGAUCGGGUGGGCAGGAAGAAGACAUGUGCCCCGGCUCUGCUGCUUGGUGGAGUAGCCUGCAUGCUCAUUAUUGUGGUGCCCCAGGAUAUUGAGAUAUUGGCUAUAGUCCUGAGUAUGACAGGGAAAUUCGCUAUCGCCAUUGCAUUUGGUCUGAUUUACUUGUACACCUGCGAGCUUUACCCCACAAUCAUCAGGUCUCUGGCUGUCGGCAGUGGUAGUAUGAUGUGUCGGGUGGGAAGUGUGGUGGCUCCCUUCUGUGUGUACCUUGCUGACAUCUGGAUUUAUCUGCCUCAGCUCAUUGUGGGAAUUUUGGCCUUCAUCAUUGGGAUCCUGACCAUGUUUCUGCCAGAAACUCUGGGACAGCCCCUCACCUCAACUUUGGAAGAAGCUGAAGCACUGGGCUCCAAGCCCAAAACAAAGAACAGUGCAGUGGAAGCGUUAGAGAUGAACCAAACCGUUAAAGCUUAGCUCCCUAUUAAACUAGGUUCCUGAAAGUGCCUGUAGCGACUAAUAGCACUACGUACUCCAAUAUACAAAUCUGAGACAUCAGGUGUUUUUGACAAGUUUGAUACAGUGUUUGUUGUAGGCAUUUAUGAGUAGAUCCGUUUUGUUCUGUGUGAGGGAUUUUAUGAGUGAAAUUUGAAAAAUUACUUAAAAUAUACUGGUAAAUUGGUUCGUUUUGAUAUUUUGUAAUUAUUCUGAAAAUCUUAAUUUUAACGAGCUUGCAAGGCAGGAACUAUUUUUGCCUUUGAACAAAACAACCUAUGCACAGACUCUUAAGGUGCAGACACAUUAGUGAAAUUUCAGCUAAAUUUUCAGUGCAAAAAGUUCCAUUGUGUAUUGUCAACAGUGUAGCAAUGUAUGAUGCACAGUUCACACAGAAGUCACUUUCAAACCAAGAAUCUGUGACCAAAUUGAACCUGUUGUGAAAUCUGUGUGGAUUACUAUUAAAAUGACUGGGUUUCUCUAGGAAAAACUUAAACAGGAAAUGUUAGUGGACCUUUAGUAUUGGUUUUAGCUCAAUUUACACUUUUUAAGAUAUUACUGCUAGUUUUUAAAAAUCUAGAAAUUCUAUUUGUGUUUCGUAAAUAUGCUUAAUUUAAGGAAUUCAAAUCUAGUUUCUAGACUUUGCAAAAAAAAAUAAUAAUAAUAAUAAUAAAUACAAAUCUAGCAAUGUGAACAUGGUAAAAUGAUAAUAUAAAAAAAGUAUUUUACUGCACUAAUGUGUUAUGGACCUUAAACACUAAUUACCGAUUUUUUCUGAGGGUAUUAACAGGAGUAUUGCCUUCAGCUUCAGUGUACAAAGGAAACACUUGUUAACUUAUAAGUUAACAGUGUGCUAUGCACCGAUGCAUGAUUCAUUGAAAGAAAGACUGUGUUUGUAGAAGCUGUUUUUAUACAACUGCGUCUCAGGGUUUAGCUCCAAAUUGAUCUGUACUGUUCAUAGGAAACAGUAACCGUAUUUUAUAAUAUUCGAUACUUGUUUAUUCUGUGUGCUUUUGCAUUAUUUUGUUAUUUAAAAUUUUUAUUUUUCUCUUACUGUGCCGUAUUCUCCCUCAGUUUGCAUGACAUGAGGAAUGUAAUGUAGAAGAGUUCAAGCAUUUUUGAUAGAUACUAUUUUGAAAAGUGCUUGACUUUUUAAAAAUUGUAAUAUGUUUCUCUUCAUUGACUGUAUAAUCAAUGCAUUUAGUGUUUUUCUCAAGCUAAUACUUUUGUGUGUUUUUGGACCAAAGAAGCAGGGAUAGUAGAUUCAUGCUGUAGUGGUGUGCAGUUGUCAUAGCAACAUGUUUGUCUAAAGAAUGUCAUAUAUUAAUAAAUAUGACAUCAUGUCUAAAUUAGACCCGUUUCAUUAAAAUAAUUACAGUGGCUAAAAAUAUCGGUGAUUUAAGUGUCCUUUUCCUGUGCUGUUCACCUUUCAUUCUCUUUUGAGAAGAAUCUGCUCAUGGAAAAGGUGGGAAAUAUUUUCCAGGUUAGUGGGCGUAAGGUAGGCGUCUCUCAUUCGCUGUGACAGAGGGGAGGAGGCCCAGGACAAGCUGUGCACUGCCAGCCUUUAGCUUA